AUGAAGGACAUAGAAAAAGAUGCAACACUCCCAAAAAAUAUCAGACGUCAAAUAUCAAACGGGAAUUCAGCGUCGUUAAAAACAGAUGAUAAUGAAAAUAUUGAAAGAGAAGAAGAGGAUUAUAAAAAUAUGAUUAGUUCCCUUGGCGACUAUUCCAAUUAUCUCAGUAUUACCCAUGAUGCAACGCUCUCAGAUGACGAGGAAUUCAAAUCUAAUGAGUUUGAAGAUGAACACUCGUUUGAUAACCUGAGUUCCCCCACCACGUUUGAGAAAGGAAGUAUGGGGAGUGUUCACAGUGCUAGUAGUGGGAUAGAUGAAGACACGCCCGUCUACCAGGAUCCUGUUGAGAAGGAGAAAAUGAUGUUAGAAUUAAAGGAGGAACUUAUUAAGGUUGAGGGUGAGAUAGCUACAUUGAGACAAGUUUUAGGCACCAAAGUUCGCUACUCAACAGAAUUAAAGAGAAAGAUGGGAAUCACGCCAUUCCAAGAAUUCAAGGCUGACAUGGCGUCUGGUAUUGAACAGAUUCGAGGUUCAGAUUCUUAUCAAAAGACAAAUGAAAAAUUGCAUCAGAUUAACGAUAAGAUUUCUAGUUCUCCUGUUUAUCAGAAGACAUCCGGAAUGAUGAAAACAGCCACGGAGAAAACAAGCUCAGCAUUUUCUGCCGUCGGAGGUGUCGUGUCGAAAAAAUUAGGAGACAUCAAGAAUUCACCUACGUUCAAAUCACUAGAAGAGAAAGUAGAACAUACAUACACUAACGUGAAGGGUUUUAUUCAGGCCAAGGUCACAGGAAGUAAAUCUAAUCAAGAAUUGGGGGAGGAGCUACAAGAGGAUGUGGGAGGAGAAGGAGAUGCAACGCCCCUAACAACCAGCAAGUCAACCCCACUACCAGAAGAAAAAGUUCCACUCAAUUAG